AUGGCGUCGAUUGCAAGAAACACUUCCCUCUUCAAGAGGGCGCAGCGGGAAAGCAGCGUCUCGACAGAAACUUCUUCCAAUGAAGGAACCCCAACCCCAACCGCUGGGGCUUCUGCAACUGCGAAAGGAAAAAUGUUGAAGGACACGAAUGAACAGGUGAAGAAGGGCGGGACUGUUCACCCUCAACACAGUGCUCUGUCAACUGUCCUUGACGCCGUGAGACACGCGGAUUCUAUUGACGAUAGGAAGCUGCUCCUCGAACAUGGACUCGCAUUGAUAUCCAACCUUCCUCCGGGUAAGGUUCAACAAGACCUACAAGAUCAAGUCAUUAAGCUCUUGUAUAACGAUCUUAGCCACCCCCCUGCAACUUGUAUUGGAAGCAAAUAUUCCUGGCGGUCGGCGGAUGGGUCUUUCAAUAACGUUGCCAUCCCCCAAUUAGGGAGAGCACAGGAGCCUUACGCCCGAAGUGUACAACAGUCCCAUCCUCUUCCCGCACACGAACUUCCCGAUCCUGGUCUUAUUUUUGAUACCCUACUAAGACGCGAAGGAUUUGUUAAGCACCCAGCCGGCUUAUCGUCGCUGAUGUUCUCUUUCGCUGCGCUGGUCAUUCACACUGUUUUCCGUACUUCUCACGCUGACGUCAACAUCAACGAAACGUCGUCCUACGUCGACUUGUCUCCACUUUACGGACAUAAUCAAGAGGCGCAAGAUAAAGUCCGGAAGCGCGAUGGUCGUGGGCUCCUCCAUCCUGAUGUGUUUGCAGAAGACAGAUUGCUAUUGCUGCCGCCUGCCGUGUGCGUGAUUUUGGUUCUCUUUAGCCGAAACCAUAAUUAUAUUGCCGAGAGACUCCUGGAGAUUAAUGAACGUGGAACCUUCAAUAAAGAUCCAUCCACGAUCAAAUCUGAACAAGAACUGGCCGCCCAAGAUGAGGAGCUUUUCCAGACAGCACGGCUCAUCAAUUGCGGUUGGUUCGGCUCUGCUGUGUUCACAGACUAUGUCUCCUGCAUCUUGGGACUAGUAAGACAAGGCAGCAGUUGGACCUUGGAUCCGUUUGGGGAUAUCAAAAACGAGGACCAUUCGAAUUUUGAGCGGGGUAAAGGCAACGUAUGUAGUGUUGAGUUCAAUUGCCUUUAUCGUUGGCACGCCACGACUAGUACUGAGGACGAGAAGUGGGUGGACAAAGUCUUCGAGAACAUCUUCGAAGGCAAGUCUCCGGAUGUCGUCACAGCUCAAGACUUCAAGGAUGCUGCAAAGAGAGUGCAGGCAAUGACCCCAGACAUUCAACACUGGACGUUUGGAGGAUUGCAGCGUGGAGAAGAUGGAAAGUUCAAGGACGAAGAUCUAGCAACCGUCCUCAAGAAUGCAACCGACCACCCAGCUGGGGCUUUCCGGGCAAGGGGUACUCCAGCGAGUAUGCGUUUGCAUGAAAUUAUGGGUAUCAUGCAAAACAGGCAAUGGGGUGUUUGUUCCUUGAACGAUUUCCGAAGGUAUCUCGGUCUUAAACCCUAUAGCAGCUUCCUAGAAUGGAACCCUGACCCGGAAAUUGCCCAUGCCGCGGAUAAACUUUACGGAAACAUCGAAUACCUUGAGUUAUAUGUCGGCCUUCAAGCGGAGGAAGCGAAACCUGUCGUAGAAGGCGCUGGUCUUUGCCCUGGCUAUACUAUCAGUCGUGCCAUCCUCAGUGACGCGAUUGCACUUACUCGUGGAGACAGACAUUUCACUCACGACUACACCCCUUAUAACCUCACUGCUUGGGGUUUCGCCGAUUGUCAGCGUGACCCAGGAGCAUGGGGGUUCGGAAGCACUCUCGGUCGUCUCUUCUUGAGGGCUCUUCCGGAGCAGUUCACGGAGAAUAGCACAUAUGCUUUCUUCCCACUCAUGACCCCCGACUCGAUGAAAGAAAACUUGAAGGAGUUGAAGCUCGUGGAUAAAUAUGAUAUGGCCAGAAGUGGCCCCGUCCCCGGCUAUCAAACCAUCAAGGAUUAUCGCCAAAUUGGAGAUAUCCUCAAAUCGAGCGAGUUCAAGACACCCCGAUAUCAAGAAAGAGCGAACAAAGUCAUCAAAGGGAGAGGGAAAGGGUUCUUCACCGUCUCUGAUAGCCGUGAUGAGCAAGACCGCGUCCUCAAGAUCCUGUCGCUGCCUGAGUGCCAGACCGAAACUACUCAGUACUUCUACAAACAAACCUUGAAGCUUAUCAAAGAACAUUCCUGGGGACUAUCGGGUGGCCAAAAACGUGCCGUGGAUAUCGUUCGUGACGUUUGCAAAGCUGUACCUGCUUAUUGGGCCGCUUCACUUGCUGGUAUCACACUAAAAUCCAGCCCUUCUGGUAACGGGGCGUUCACCGUCAGCGAGUUCUACGAUAUGCUAGGCGAUAUAUACACAUACAUCUUCCUGAACGUCGAGAGCGCUCAAGUCAUGGUGCUGCAGGAAAAGGUCGAAGGGCAUGUACGCAAACUCCUAGGCCAGAUCGAGAGCGGACUUCACUUGGGUUUGAAGAGGCUCUCGGUCUCCGGCAUCCUUGACACAAUGUCCUCCUUGUUCUCGAAACCGAAGGCAAACGAACAGCACAUUCUGGUCAAGAAACUUCAAGAGCAAGGUUCUUCGGCUAACCAAACCGCGGUCACUGUUUUGGCCAUUAUGGUCGGAACUGUGCCAGAGCUUUCUUUGGCUUUGACCAACAUGAUCCAUCUCUGUCUCAAGAACCAGGUGGAACAAAAUGUCCGAACAGAGGCCAAUUCAGGCUUUGAAAACUUUGCAAAGGAAUCUCUUCGCCUCGACCCACCAUUCCAGGGAGUUUUCCGUGCUGCAUCCGGCGACGUUUCAAUCGCAGAAAGCUCCAUCAAGAAAGGAACUGAACUGUUCUUGGACCUUGCUAGCGCGUGUCAAGACUCAAAGAUCUAUGCCAAUCCCGACUCCUUCAACCCCGCCCGAAGUACCAAGCACCACCUUUUCACCGACGAUGGUAUUUACAGGUGUUUGGGAGAAUCGUUGACCGAGAAGAUCAUGGGCCAAGUGCUCAAAGCUGUUUUCAGUCUCAAGAAUAUCGGCAAAGCACCCGGACAAUCUGGAGAACUGAAAAGGUUCAAGGAUCAUAAACGUCCAGAACUGCAUUGGGCGUACCUCAAUGAUUCUAAAAAGGUCUCCGCUUGGCCUACCUCAAUGCACGUAACGUACGACCCCGAGCCAUCUGUUAACGGCGUCUAGGAAACCGGGUUUCUGACUCUUUGAAUCUCGUCCAUAACAUGCUGACCUCAUUAUACCCAUACGAUGUUUUCCGUACUUGUUACAGUCAUUGUACAUAUGAGAAGGAAAAAUAAAAGUUCUGUAUCUCGCAGAUAUCGAGAC